UCUGGUGGAAUUUAUAACGUACUAAAUCGAAUAACAUAACCUUAAAUAUUUUCACGAUAACGAGUGUUCGAAUUUAUCGUAUUACGUUGUAUCAUUAUUCAUCAAGAUAUAAAACUUGAUUUUUUAUUAUACGAGUGGUACUAAAAAAAAAAAAAAGAAAAUUUAACUGAAAGUUAUCACCUCUACAUCACAUCAACAUGACAAAUACUAAGGAAUCAGCAGAACUACAAGUCUUUAAAACAGUAUUAUUUCACUGUUUAGUGAUAAUAGCCUUACCUGUAUUCUCAUUUUUUACUAGCAAGGUUUUUAUUUUUGAUGGUUUAUUGGGACUUAAUCAUGUACCAAGCAACGUGUAUUCAGCUGGAGUUGCAAUCCUCGUUUUACACGUAGCUCUGGGCGCUUUCAUAUAUCGUGCAUAUUUCGAUGAUCAAUCGAAGACACAGACGAAGCGAGACUAAUAAUUUUUUUGUGUUUGAAACACAUAUAAUUAAGUACACUUUCUUGAUAACACAUUUAUUCGUGUAUAAUCAUUGGAAGAAAGAUGUUACAUUGUAUUGCAUUACAUUUUGCAAUUGCAUACUUUUUUGUUAAUAUUUAGAUAUUUUUCUCUUUUUUUUUUUUUGUUGAAUACUGUGACAUUGUGUAAAAGGCAAAUAUAACUGUAAUUGUAUCAAUGAAACAUAAUUACUAAAUAAAAAAAGCAAUGACAUUCCUACGCAAUAUUUGCAUAUUGUACAGCACAAACUUUGCAAUCUAUAUCUAUAUGGAAUAUAAUUUCAUUACACAUUUUAGUUUUAUAUUUGAGAAAUCUUGCAGUAAAUUAUUUUAUAAUUUAUAGUGCCUCAAUACACGUCAAAUGGAUAAAUUGUAGUGCACUUUACGAUCACAGUACUAGAUCAGGGGCAAAUUUAUAUAAUCCUUUAAAGUUUUUAGGCUGACAAUUUCGGCAGUUAUUCAAAAGGAUACAGAUGCGAAUUUUUAGAGAGAAAAAAAAUACAAAAAAUUAUUACAAAAGCUUGGUGUAAAUCUGCCCCUAAUGAUAUUGAAUAGUAGCCAUGUAUUUUUCUGUUUUUAAGGAAGAAUAAAUAACAAAAUGAAUUGUGAUUAAUAUACAACGCAACCACUGAUUUUUUUUUUUUUUUUUUAGUACCAAUAAAGAACCCUUGCAAGAACUAUGAAAAAAAAUUUAUCAAAUUAAUUAGAACACAAUUCGAAAGAGAAAACAUUUUACUUUUAUGAAAAACUAUGUACAAUAUAUCUAACUAUAAUUUCAUUUAUAGAAAUUUUAUGUCAUCAAAACUUUGACAAAAAGUUGAAUCAUAAAAUGUAUACGAUUUGCAGCUUUUUUAAACAUUCGAAGCCAUAAGCAAAUCCUAAAACAAGCUUAAUAAAUUCCUUUAAUGAAAUAUUAAUUUAUUUAAGUAUCUUAAAUGCAACAAAAGUUUAUGUGACAGAAUAUUUUGCUGUCGGCCUGGGAAGUGUUGGAAUGAACGCUUGUAUUUUUAAAUACAUAAAAUCGCCAGCGAUAUUAAUUACUUCACAGUUUAAUUUAGUCACUAGCUUAAUACUUGUUCUAUACGUUGUAAAGUAUUGAAUCAUUUUACUGGCAAUAAAAUCAGGGAUCUCUUUUAGAGUAUUCCACCAAUAAAAA